AUGGCGUCCAGGAGACUCGCCCUGAACCUCGGCCAGGUGCGCAGCCGCGCUGCCAGCCCGCUCAUCCGCCCAUUCAAGCGCGGCCUCGCUACCCCCGUCUCGUCUCCUGCCGGUGCUAAGACCCAGACCACCACACUCAAGAACGGCCUCACCGUCGCUACAGAAUACUCCCCCUGGGCGCAGACAUCGACCGUCGGUGUCUGGAUCGACGCCGGUUCGCGAGCCGAAACCCCGGAGACCAAUGGCACCGCCCACUUCCUCGAGCAUCUGGCCUUCAAGGGUACACAGAAGCGGACGCAACAUCAACUGGAGCUCGAGAUUGAGAACAUGGGUGGUCACCUGAACGCUUACACCUCGCGCGAAAGCACCGUCUACUUCUCACGAGCCUUCAACUCCGAUGUUCCCCAGGCCGUAGAUAUCUUGGCCGACAUCCUUCAAAACUCAAAGCUAGAGCCUUCAUCCAUCGAACGGGAGCGCGAUGUCAUUCUCCGCGAGGCAGAGGAGGUUGAGAAGCAACUCGACGAGGUCGUUUUCGACCACCUCCACGCUACCGCCUACCAGCACCAACCCCUUGGCCGGACAAUCCUGGGACCCCGUGAGAACAUCCGCGAUAUUACCCGAACUGAGCUAUCCAACUACAUCAAGACCAACUACACUGCCGACCGCAUGGUUCUCGUUGGCGCCGGUGGCAUCCCCCACGAGCAACUAGUCGAACUAGCUGAGAAGAACUUCUCUCGUCUACCAACUACUUCGCCUCACAACGAAGCCUACUUAAUCUCCAAGAGGAAGCCCAACUUCAUUGGCUCCGAGGUCCGCAUUCGUGACGACAACAUCGGCGCUGCCCACAUUGCCCUUGCUGUAGAGGGUGUCAGCUGGAACGAUGAGGACUACUUCGCUGCUUUAGUCACCCAGGCCAUCGUUGGCAACUAUGACAAGGCUAUGGGAAGCGCUCCCCACCAGGGCAGCAAGCUUGCCGCCUUCGUGCACCAGAACGAUCUCGCCAACAGCUUCAUGAGCUUCUCUACAAGCUACAGUGACACUGGCCUUUGGGGUAUCUACCUAGUUUCCGACAAGCUUACUCAGCUCGACGAUCUAGUCCACUUCGCCCAGCGUGAGUGGUCGCGGCUCUCGAGCAACGUCACCCAGCCCGAGGUCGAGCGUGCCAAGGCUCAGCUGAAGGCUUCGUGUCUCCUUGCCCUCGACAGCACCUCUGCUGUUGCUGAGGACAUCGGACGCCAGCUCAUCACCUCCGGUCGCCGGAUGGACCCCGCCGAGAUCGAGCGUACCAUCGACCGGGUCACAGAGAAGGACGUCAUGGACUUCGCCAACCGGAAGCUAUGGGACCAGGACGUCGCCGUCACUGCCGUCGGCAACGUAGAGGGUCUGUUCGACUUCCAGAGAAUCAGGAACGACAUGAGCCGGAACUUUUAA